CCACCCGAUCCCGUCCCACCACCACUAUGGCUCAUGGACGCCGAGGCAGAGGCUCUCAUCGAGGCGCAACCCGCGCCGGGAGAGGCAACCUGCGCAGUUCUUUCGUCCCGCAGUCAAGGAACCUUGACGCCCACCAUGCUUCGCCUUUUUCCCUUCGCGAUGAAGCUCGUAACACUGAGUCUCGUCACCGCAUGUGGUCCUCCGAUGUAAAACUACGCAAUGCUCCUGUUGCUUUUGUCAGUGCGGGCAAUAUGGCUGGCACCAAGCCUGAAGAGCAGUCAUCGCCACCUUCUGGGGAUGAGCAUUUGUCUGAAGCAAUCUCGCAAUCAGAAGAUGCAAUGGCCAAGAUGAAUCUUCAGUCCGCUGUCGCUGACCCACCCAUGGAUCCAGCGGAAAGAGAGCCAAUCAAUGUCCCCGAGAAACUUAUCUCAGAAACCACGCCCAUUACAGCUGAUAGUCCGCCUGCAAUGCUUUUCUUUGAAGACACCGCUGGUUCCAAAGCAUCUGUCGAUACUGGUCUGCCGCCACCCACACUUCGUAGUACUUCUCCGACCCCUUCGGAUUCAAGCGAAGAGGUUGUCCUAUUUCGAGGUCGUAACGCCGUGAAGACCGUAACGGAAUCACUUCCAUUGUCACACACAAACAGUCAUCGGGGAACUUUGUCCGCAAACAAGCCUCGAGAGAGCAAGAAACAGGCACCGGAGGCCAAGCGUGCGGGAGCUGGAACAGGCUUUAAACGCCCCAAUACUGCUCACUCCACAUCGAUAGUUCUGCAUCCAACUCGUAAUCCAAACUCAAACACGAGCCAUGGGCUUAAGCGUGCCUAUGGGGGACGCAGCUCAAAACCCAAUGAUGAGGCAAUUGCGGAUUACUUGGAGAACAUAAGAGCUCAAGAAGAGGAAGAGGAUGGUGGAGAAGCUCUGUACGAUCCCUCUAUCUUGACUCAAAGAGCACUUGGGCUUUCGGACAGUGACGAAUGGGUGGAUGAGGUCCCUCAGCAGAAACCGCUCGGAAAUCAGGUUGAGAACCCGUACAAAACCGACUGGGAACCUGGACAACUUGAGGACUUUGACGGAAUCAGUACUUCUUCUAAAAUGACUGGCGUGGUCAAUCGUAUUUUGCGGAAGAGGGACCGGCAAAAUGUCACACAAUAUCUUGUCGUUUUCGAAAACACAGAUGAGGACGAGGCUCGCUGGCUUCCCAUCACUCGUCUAACUCAAGAGCGUGAGCAAAAACUGGUUGCGGAUUUUGAAGAAACAAUUGCGAACCUCAUUCUGGGCAAUGAAAGGAGCAGCAGCGAGUCUGAGGAGAGCGAAGAUGAUGGAGAAGAGGAUGCCAAUACUGAUUCAGAAGAUGACGAUGACGAUGAAAGUUUUGAAGACGAAAAGGACCUUAUCCAAAGAAAGAUCGAUCGUAUGAGCGAUGAAUCUAUCGCUCGACUGCUCGCCAAGCAAGAAGAGCUUGGUAUGGGAUCAGAUGAACUUUUGCUCUUCGAUGAUGACGACGAUGACGAUGACGACGACGCUUUUGAUGAUUACGAUACGCGUUAUGGCAAAUCCGCCAUGCAAUCAUCACGUCGCAACCAGCCAAAGUCAGGUCGUGGCAGAGAUUCCUUCCCUUCCGCAAGCUUGAUGGCCGAUGUCCUCGACCAAGAUCCUUACAAUGGUUUCGACAUUAUGGACUUUGACAGACCCAGCCUCCGAAAGAAGAAAAAGAAGGGUGCUACGGCCGACAUGUUGUUUGAGCUUUCCGAUGAGGAUUUGGCGGCCCAAUUACGGUCUACCUGGGAGACUGAUCGCAAGAAGAAGAGUUUGAGGAAGCAGGAGCGCGAAGAACUCCGUGCACAGGGACUGCUCGGCAAGAAGAACAAGUUCAAGCCUGACCUCAAGGCGAAGUACGAUGAAGGCAUGACCUUCAAUCAGAUUAAAGAAGAGAUAAGGACUUUCCUGAACUCUCCUAACCAGAGCCGUCCCUUCCCGCCCAUGGAUACGCGCGACCGUGCUAUUGUUCACCAGCUUGGAAACGCUUUCAACCUCAAGUCGAAGUCUGUAGGUGCAGGAAAGUCGCGUUUCACUACUCUCAUCAAGACAUCCCGCACCGUUGAAUACGAAGAGGCUAUAUUUGCCCAGGUCGCGUCCCGUUAUGAGCGACGUUUCGUGCCGCGUAUGGACAAGUCCGCUGCGAAGGGAAAACGGAACGCUGCAGGCGGUGGAGGUGGAGGAGGCCGUAACGCGGCUGUUUCUUACAGAGAUGGUGAUGUUGUUGGUGCCUCUGCUCCCGAGCUUGGAGUUGAAAACAAGGGACGUGCCAUGUUGGAGAAGAUGGGCUGGAGUUCAGGCACCGCGCUUGGUGCUCUCAACAACAAGGGAAUUCUGCAGCCAGUGACACACAUUGUGAAGACAACAAAGGCAGGUCUGGGCUAAUCAUAGUCUAUUGUUACCCGGCCGGAUACUGGGUAGAUAAAUGCUUGCUGUCUUCUUAUUUGUACUAAAGUUAAAAAGCAAAUGUUAUGCGUUGUUGCAUACAAC